AUGGUCGUGGAUGGCUUCAGCACUGGUAGUGGGUCUCCCGUGGAAGGAAUGUUCCCGGAGCAGAAUGUGACGUGGGACUGCCCUGCAGUCUUGCAAGGCAACUGCAGCGCGUCGAACCUACAUGAAAGUGAGUGUGAAGCAGCAAAGGCUUUCCUGCUGGAGAGGAAGCUGCCACUUCUUACAUUGCCGCUGUUUCGAUGCAGGUACUUGCAGCAGCCUGGGGCGGCUGCUGGCACGAAAUGUGAUUUCGCAUCCAUGUACAAAGAGAACGGUACAUGGAUCAACGGCUGUGUGCAUCCCAACAACACAGUGACCUUCUUCGAGCAGGACUGCGACAUAUCAGAGUUCGAGGAAAACGUCCGGUCAUUCGACCUAUGGUUCUACAAGAUCUUCCAGUACCUGGAUGACGUGGUCCAAGACCUCAUCCUCCAAAUCGCCGAUGAUCUGAAAGCCAUCGUCUACCUGCAUUUGGUCGAUCCCGUCUUCGACCUGCUUGACGGCUUUGACUGCUCCUUCAUGCAAAGCUUCUGGCGAGGCCUCACUGACUCUCUUUGCUUUCAAGCUGUGAGCAGUGUUCAGGUGGUGGCCAGCUACUAUGUGUGGGCGGCCAGCUUCUCUUUGGCCAUGGUGGUUGUACUUUAUGUUGCCUGGCGAAUCUCAAGGGACACGACGGAUGCUUUCGAAAAUUCGCUGACCUUCCCGACGAGAGCCAGAGACUUGCGAAACAAAGUGAAACAGAGGGUUGGCUACCAGACCUCUGAAGCUCCAACCGCUCCCGCCGAAGCUCCAGCAACCACAGCUCCAGGACUCUCGCUCUGA